AUUUCGCGACAUAUCGUUCGGGAUAUUAAUCUGGAUUUUGUUAUUGCUUUGGACACGCUCUUAGAGGCUUUCUAAAGAGCUUUAGAGACGGAAAUGCGUCUAAACGUCUGUGUCGAGUAUUUAAUCGCUUUUAUAUUUAUUAUUUUAAACAAAACUGUCAGUGGUCAGAAAGAGGAAAUCCCUGAAUGCAGUCGUGGGGGUUAUACUGUUCUUCAGAGCCCGUACCGAAGCACCAGAUUCAGUUCCCAGCAGCUGCUCCAGUCUGCGCUGCAGGAGCUCGUUUGUGAUCAUUCACUAUCUCCCGGAUGGUAUCAGUUCCAGAUCUUUGAUAAGCCGGCCCGUAUGCCCACCAAAUGUGUGGAGGUGAAUCAUUGUGGAACACAAGCCCCAGUGUGGCUCUCUCUGGCCGAAGGAGAGACUCUCCCUCACCCUCUAGAGGUGAAGCAGAUGACAGCCUGCGCUACCUGGCAGUUCCUCGGAAGCGCUAGUAAAGACUGUUGUCUUUUUCGCCUGCCUGUCACCGUCCGCAAUUGCGGGGACUUUUAUGUGUACUUACUCCAACCAACGCAAGGAUGCAUGGGAUAUUGCGCUGAAGAGAUCUCCGACUCCAAUCAAACCAGCUGUGACGGGAGACAAAGGAAUAGUGAUGGAACUUGCAGUGAACUACAGCCCCCCUCUUCUGCAAUACCUCUGAUAGUUGCUGAGCUCUCCGGCAGCAGUGUGUUCCUGAAGUGUACGUUUGCUGACAGUAGUGGGAACAGCUCUCUGGGAUAUGUGGUGACAUGGUGGCGACUCUCGCCCGAGGGCACCAGAGAAGAGCUCAGGAAAGACACUACAAUAGAGACCUUUGCUUUCAUUGAGCUGGAUGGAAUUAACCUGCGACUGGGAGACAGGAUCCAUUGCAGUUGCACUAGUUUUUUUCUGGAGUCUCCCGAUAUGCAAAGCCUUCCUGUGGAGAGUGAAGAGUUUUACGCAGGCAUCCAAAUGAAACCACAAGCUGUCUCUAUUUCAGAAGAUGGGAGAGAGUAUGAACUGACAGUGGAGAGCACAGUACCUUUACCAUGUUCCUCACAGAGAUGCACUUUGCUUUUGCAUCUUACCUCUAGUAAUCAAGAUUUGGCUCCAGUGGCAGAUGAGAAGGGCCUUGGCGUUGAUUUAGUCCUGUCCUCCUGUGAGGUGGAGCUGUCUCAAACCCCAUGUCAUAAGGGAGUCUGCAGUCAGGCAUCUGUGCACUACAGUGCAGUUACUGAUAUAUGGAAUGAUGGAGACCGAAGCACAGAAAUACACAUCAAACCAAUAAUCAGCACCAACUUCCUGUGGAAUGGCUACACGCCUCAAAGUGUGUUGGCACCAAGUAGCAGCUUGUUUGACAAAAUCCCCACCUAUGAAACCAACUCCAGUCUUCCUGAGUACUGCCAAUGUCAACAAGAGAAACACCAAUCAUCCAGCGGAGCAUCACCUCAGUCCACCGUUUCCUCUAAGUGUUCUUCCUCUACCCGCAUCCAAUCUCCCUCCAUCAUCCCUACACUGGAUGUAACAGCUGAGUACAUGAAGUCUGCGCAACUUCAUAGAGAGACGUCUAUCCCUCCCCGCAGACCAACGCACUACCGUCCAGCACAGCGAAGCAGAACAAACACUCAGAGAUCCCAAAUUCAGAGACGUGUUAUGAAUCCCCAAAGAUCCCAGAGUCAAAGACGUGUUAUAAACCCACAGAGAUCCCAAACUCAGAGACGUGUCCCAAGCCAAAACUCCAGAUCAUCUCCAAAACAACCAGACCUUGAGGAGUCCACGUAUAAUUUCCCAGAGGACCAUUCUUCAUCGAAUUCACCUGAAGCACUGGUACCAUCCUGGCCUACUGAGUCAGGCCUGACAGAAUCCAAGGCUCGGCGGCUCUGCGAGGGAACCCUGAGGAACUCCACGGUGGGGUUGGGUUGUGGGCAUCUCCUGGGUGAGAUUUUGGAGCAGGCAUUGGAAAUGUGUGUAUUAGACCAACAACUGAAGGAUGAUCAGACCUGGAUAGGAGCCACCAUGCCCCUCCUGGAGAAUGAGUGUGAGAGGAGGGUGGUAGAGGAUGUUGGCAGGAGGAAGGAAAACCAGGACAUUCUGGCCUCCCUUAGGUGCCCGAGCAUGUGUAGCGGGAACGGACAGUGCACAGAGUGGGGCUGCUCGUGCUUCCCUGGAUUUGGCUCUUAUGAUUGUAGCCAGGUGUCUGAUGAGACUCCAGAGAUCACAGAAUUGGAGAAUGGAGGACUGUGUGAUGCCCGUUAUGGCGUCUGUUCCUCUGUUAGGGUUCUUGGUCAAGGCUUUAAAAAGUCCUACAAGCUCAAGUGCGAAGUGGUGAAGGAAAAGAUAGUAGACGGUGAAUGGUCUUUGGAUGAUGCUCGAUUGGUGCCUGCCUCCUUCCAGAGUUCUUCCUCAUUAGAGUGCCAACUCCCUGUGGAUGACCCACAAUCCUCCGCCACUGCUCACCAACCAGUCUUACGCUGGCAAAUCAAAGUGUCUAAUGAUGGACACAGCUUCAGCAAUGCAAAGAUUCUGACUCUUUUUGAUGGCACAUGUCAGAUUUGUACGAUCAGCACCUCGGUUAUCUGCUCACUAAAGAACAGAACAUGUAAUAUUGAUGGCCUGUGUUAUGGAGAGGGGGAUCACAGCCCGAGCAGCCCAUGUUUGACGUGCAGACCGCGUCUUUCCACGUACAGCUGGUCCGUUGCUGAGAAAAACGAGCCACCUGUGUUUCACACUGAUCAGUCCAGUCUGAAGACAUUCUAUGGAGAGGAUUUCAUCUAUCAGUUCUCAGCCACUGAUCCGGAGGGCUCUGCGGUUCUCUUCACACUCAAGUCAGGACCCAGAAAUGUUGUUCUCUCUCCAGCUGGCCUGCUCAUCUGGAAAGCUCUGUCCACCAAACCGGUGACCUUUGAACUGGCUGUAACUGAUGACUGUAAUGCAGAGACACGUGCAGCGGUGAAGGUGUCAGUUCACCCAUGUGACUGUGAGAAUGGAGCUUCCUGUGUGACCAACAUUAACUUCCCCCCGGGGACUGGUGAAUACCUGUGUGUUUGCCCUGCUGGUCUGGAGGGGGACAGGUGUGAAGUUGAUGUGGAUGACUGCAGGUCAAACCCAUGCUUCUCUGGAACAUGUGUGGAUGGACUGAACUCCUUUACCUGCCACUGUCCAGAGGGCCUUACAGGUGUAAUCUGCGAUGAGGACAUUGAUGAAUGCUUAUCAGCUCCAUGUUACCCAGGUGUUUCUUGCAGAAACACGAUGGGCUCAUUCUUAUGUGGACUCUGUCCUGACCACAUCACUGGAGAUGGAAAGACCUGCAGCCAAAAGACAGUGGUUGAAAUUAAUGAAGACAGUCAUGGAAUUACUUCAGAAAGUGAGGUUAACCUCAGCUCCUUCAAACCCAAGUUUCUUCCAGGGCAGAGCCCAUGUGCCAGUCGGCCAUGUUAUCAUGGAAUCCAGUGCUUUGAGAGCACAUACACAUCUGCUGGUUACAUAUGUGGUCCUUGUCCUCCUGGGCUCAGCGGCAAUGGACAAACAUGCUUGUCAAGAACCGCAAACAGGCAGACACCAUUCAGAAAGGGUGACAAGCUCUCUGAUGUCACUUCCUCUUUGGCCACACCCUCAGCUGAACGUCCUAUUGGAGCUGAACGAUCUCCUCCUAGGAACAAGUGGACCUCAUCUGUUGAUAGGAAGACCACCACACACACCCUAGACCAGAUCAACACGAAUGCAAAAGCAAGUUCAAGUAGAGAGCAGCUGAAUGAAGAAGAAUUGAACCCUGAACACGCUGAGGAUAACAGAACCUGUGCGGACUCCCCGUGUUUCUCUGGAGUGCCUUGUGAAGCGGCUUCCUCUGGCUCCAUCAGAUGUGGAAACUGUCCACACGGCUAUAAAGGAAAUGGAAUUACCUGCAAACCUGUGUGCCGUUACCCUUGUGGUCAGAAUAUGGAGUGCUCACAGCCCAACACUUGUACCUGUAAAGAGGGUUACACUGGAUACAACUGCCACAUCGCUGUGUGCCGACCGGACUGCAAGAACAAAGGAAAGUGUGUGAAGCCCAAUGUGUGUGAAUGUCCUGCAGGGUACAACGGCCCCACCUGUAAUGAAGCCAGCUGUGAUCCGCCUUGUCAACACGGUGGCCGCUGUUUGUCCAGAAAUUACUGCACUUGCCCUUACGGCUAUGUGGGACCAAGAUGUGAAACUAUGGUGUGUAACAGACAUUGUGAAAAUGGCGGCGAGUGUGUGUCGCCUGAUGUCUGUAAGUGUAAGCAAGGCUGGUAUGGACCAACGUGUAACUCAGCCGACUGUAAGCCUUUGUGCUUAAAUGGAGGGACUUGUAUCAAACCAAACAUCUGUGCUUGUCCUAGUGGCUUCUAUGGUUCACAGUGUCAGAUAGCUCUGUGUAGUCCACCAUGUAAAAACAGAGGCCAGUGCAUGAGAAACAACGUGUGCUCCUGUCCUGAAGGAUACACUGGGAAGAGAUGCCAGAAAAGUGUGUGUGACCCCAUGUGCAUGAACAACGGAAAGUGUGUCGGUCCAAACACCUGUUCCUGUCCAUCUGGGUGGAGAGGAGAGAUCUGCAACAUCCCGGCAUGUUUACAGAAAUGUAAGAAUGGUGGAGAGUGUGUGGGGCUGAACACAUGUCACUGUCCAGCUGGAUGGGAGAGUCUGCAGUGCCAAACUCCAGUCUGUAAACAAACGUGCCUCAAUGGAGGGAGAUGUGUGUUUCCAAAUUUCUGUCACUGCCGUCAGGGUUACACUGGACCUUCCUGUGGUACUAAAACUAGGUGAUGAAGAUCUGAAAUUGAAGACAAC